UUUGGCCGAAACACUCAGUGGGACAACAGGCGCCGAGCUGUACAUAACACACGCACGAGGAGCACGGUCGUUUCGUGUCAGAAAAUUUUUAUUAUUUAACUAUUUUAUAUACCAAGGCUUUUGUUACAGUGUCUUUAAAGGAAAAGAAAGAAAUAAUGUUAGAUUCUGGCCCUUAUAAGGUACGUCUGUGAUUGGGUCUAAAACAACUACAAAGCUUGUUGAUUAUUAUUAUUUUUUUUUAAACUAUUUAAAAAGUGUUUACUUAACCAUAGACACUCCACAAACCGACAACCUGAAGGAACCGACUUUAACCACGUGUUGUGAUUAAUUUAUCUCUACAUAAAUAGUGAAAAUCAGUGGCUUCCAAACCAGUGUGUGUGUUGUUCUAAGGUCCUAAAUACACCUCCAGAAAACCCACAGAGAUGUCUCCUGGUAUAGCACAAGAUCCGGGCCUGCUUGAACUACAUGCCGACACUGUGCUGCGCGCGCGCUGGGACGGCCGCGACGUGGACCACAAGGCCGUGGGGGGACACCUGCCCCUGAGCAAGCGCAACUCGACGCCCGUGGGGGCCGCCAUCCCCACCUCCAGCGCCCACGCCCAGCUCCUGCAGCAGGCCCACGCCGCCAAGGCCUCCCUCGCGCCCAUGGAGCAACAGAACCUGCACCGGCGGCUGGACCGCUCGCACUCGGAGCCCGUCAAGGGCGGCGACGCGCGCCAGCCCAACUCGUCGCGCUACAAGACGGAGCUGUGCCGCCCCUUCGAGGAGAACGGCCACUGCAAGUACGGCGAGAAGUGCCAGUUCGCGCACGGCCAGCUGGAGCUGCGCACCCUCACGCGGCACCCCAAGUACAAGACGGAGCUGUGCCGCACCUUCCACACCAUCGGCUUCUGCCCCUACGGCCCGCGCUGCCACUUCAUCCACAACGCCGAGGAGCGGCGCGGCUCCACCGCCGGCGCCCCCGGCUCCGCCUCACACGCCCCGCUCUCGCCCAAGAGCUCCCUCGGCGGCUCCGCCUUCCCCGCCCACGCGCCGCUCUCCCGCCAGCAGGUCUUCCACAUGAGCUCGGCCAUGGGCGGCCCCCUCGGCUCCACGGCGGAGUCCCCGUCGCCGCCCGCCUCCUUCCAUGGCUCGCCCACGUCCUCCGCGGGAUCCUUCUUCGACGACUCCUUCACGCUGUUCGCCGGCGGCAGCUACGGGCUUGCGGGCGCCAAGAGCUUCCUGGACGGCUUGACGGUGGGCCUCGGCUCCACCGGCAUGGCCGCGGGGCCCGGCUCGCCCGGAGGCUCCUCCUGCAGCGGCGGCAACGGCCGCCCCCUCAGCGAGUUCGACAUGGUGCGAGAGGGCGCGCUGCUGUCGCUGGCGGGGCUGGACACGCCCCCCGUCAGCCCCGUGGAGUCCCUGGCGGGCGACCUGGACUCUGCGCCUCCCCAUCUUCGAGCAGCUGUGCGUGCACGACUAGGACGCCUCCGCCCGCGCUCUCCGCCCACGAGGACACAAGCGGCCGCCCACGACGCGCCCGCGACAGCUCAAGUUCGGUGUGAUAGUCACGGGCGUCGAGGCACAAGGACGACGGGACGGCUGAGCUGCGGACGGCGCCCGCACGCCCUCGCG